AUUGUUCCAAAAAGGUAAGCGAACAAAGUUGCAGACAAAAGUCAAAGCAGACAAAUGUUAAAACUAUUAUUGAGACUUGACAAAAAUGAACAGAAUAAAAUCCCAACCAAAAAAGGCAAUCCAAGAACCUGCUAGUUAGCCAUUGCAUGUCUUUUGAUUAGCAAUCCCUUUGAUGUCAAUCACGAAACGUCCAUAAAUUUCUAGUUAACGACAGCUGCAGUAUUAAAAAUUAAAACGGUACUUGGAACAAGCAUGGACAAUAUGGACGUCAAUAAGUUCAAACUGAAUUUUAAAUCAAGUUACCCAUUGUUAGUGUCAUGCUAUCGUUGACAUUUCAAUUGCAACAAUGGAUAUCUUACAGAAUCGUCAUUUUACAAACUACAAGUUUAUAUUCACCUGCUACGGACAGUGGCCAUAUCAGCCGCGUUUCCAAAAAAACUGCCUGAGGUUUCUCAUCACCAUGAGUGUUUUGAGUAUUUUGACGCCUAAAACAAUUCGGUUCAUUAAAUAUUUUGGAAACAUCGACGGUAUGAUUCAAUGUAUUCCCAUGAUUGGUGUUCACUUAUUGGGACUUGUCAAAUAUUACAAUUAUACUUUUAAUUACAGAUCAAUCAGACGCUUGUUUUCGUUGAUCGAACGCGACGGAGAAGCUUUAAAGAACGAAGAAGACAAGCAAAUAAUGGAAAGAUGGCUGGCUCGCGUAAGAAAAAUUACAACUGCUUAUACAGCGGCCAUGUUUCCAAUCCUGGGUCUGUUUUUGGCGUCGCCGGCCAUUCCUAAAGUUUUGGACUUCAUCAAACCAUUAAACGAAACUCGCGCUCUGAUUUAUUUAUACGAAACCGAGUAUUUUGUGGACCAAGACGAGUAUUAUGUGCCGAUUCUCAUUCACACUUACAUGACUGUUCCCUUGUCAGUUGGCAGCAUUGUUUUUUUUGACAACAUGCUCGGGACUUUCAUUCAUCACGCGUGCGCAAUGCUGGAAAUUCUCAGCAAUUAUUUACAAAGGAUACAUUUAGACAGUAAAAUUAAGAGAAUUGAUGAUCCUGUAAGGCUGGAUAGAAUACGGAAAAAUAUUAUUCGCUGUGUUCAUAUGCAUCAAAAUAGUUUGGAGUUUACUACAGAGUUAGAAUCGUCGAUAAAUAUUGCAUGGCUCAUUGUUUUAGGGUUCAAUUUAUUGAUACUUACUGUUACAGGUAUGACGACAGUUAUAAAAAUAGAUCAACCUGACGAAGCAAUAAAAUUCAGCGCGUUCACAAUGGGUGCCCUUUUCCACCUGUUUUAUAACAGUUUCCAAGGACAAAUACUGAUUACACAAAGUGAAAAAAUUUUUUAUUCUAUAUACACAUCUCAAUGGUACACUCUACCUUGUUAUCAUCAGAGACUUCUCAGUACAAUGAUAGUAAGAAGCCACUCCCCGGCCGUAAUCACUGCGGGAAAGUUGUAUAUUUUAUCCAUGGAUACGUUCAGCAUCGUACUGAAAAAUGCGAUGUCUUUCUUCACUUUAUUAUCAUCAGUGCGCUAAAAUUUAGGCGCAAUUUGCUUCAAUUUGCUUCAAUGGAGAAACAUACAAAAUUGACGACGGCGUUGAUUAAAAAUUAAUU